AAACUCAUUCUUCUGGAGACGACAAUGGCCAACACCACUUUGCGACCGCGAGGUGACUUGACCUCAGAAAUCACGCCCAUAGUAAUGGGCGGCGCAGCAUGGUCACACCAACUCAACGCCGACGCCUAUACCCGGCCCGUCAUCCCAGUAAUUUUGUCUGCCUUCUCUGCCGGCAUCCGCACAAUCGACACGUCACCCUACUACGAGCCUUCUGAAAAGAUCCUCGGCAAAGCUCUAUCCUCACCAGAGAUUUCUGACAUCUACAAACGCGAAGACUACUUUUUGAUGACCAAGGUUGGCCGUAUUGCCAGUGAGGAGUUUAACUAUAACCCACAGUGGGUGAGGGAGAGCGUAAACAGGAGCUUGGAGAGAUUUCAGACUGGAUAUCUGGAUGUGGUGUUUUGCCAUGAUGUGGAGUUUGUUUCUGACGAUGCUGUUGUUGCUGCAGUGGCUACACUUUGGGAGUUUGUGGACCAAGGCAAAGUCAGGUAUGUAGGUGUUUCUGGAUACCCGAUUGAAAAGUUGGUCAGGGUGGCUAGAUUGUGUAAGGAAAAGUUGGGACGACCAUUGGAUAUUGUACAGAAUUGGGGGCAAUUGACGCUGCAGAAUACGAAAUUGAGGUCGCUGGGGUUGGAGGCUUUGGCGCAGGCUGGAGUUGCUAUGGUGUGCAGUAGCUCGCCGCUGAACAUUGGGUUGCUGAGAGCACAGGACUGGCACCCUGCACCCCCAGGUCUGCGCCUCGCAGCCGCAAACGCAGCAACCUACGCCGCCUCCCAUGGCACCGACCUCGCUAGCCUCUCUCUCCGCUUCGCCUGCCGCGAAACCGCUCGCAAGCAACCUCAUCUCCCUGCCAUGGCACUAAUCAUGGGACCCGGCAGUGUCUCCGAAGUCGAAUCUUGCGCUGCUGCAGCCAACAGUGUCAAAGACACCUCUGCACCAACAAAGUCUGGAGAUUUACGUGAUGGGAUUGUAGUUGAUGAGGAGGCAGAGAAGAGAGAUGCCGAGUUGGUGGAUGGUGUGAGGGGGAUUUUGNGGGAGUGGAUUGAUUAUUCGUUUGUUAGUCCGCCUGAGGGGUGGGAUGUUGAGGCUGGGAGGAUGUGUGGGGUGUAG